GCCCCGCCCCCACAGAAGCCCACGACUCCAGAGAUCGCCGCGGCUCGCUUGCGCCCCGGAAGCUGCCCCUUCCCGGGGUCAUGAUGGGCAGUAAGAUGGCGUCCGCCAGCCGGGUCGUUCAGGUAGUCAAGCCACAUACCCCGUUAAUAAGGUUCCCUGACAGAAGAGACAAUCCUAAACCCAAUGUGUCUGAAGCUUUGAGAUCAGCUGGACUACCAUCUCACACCUCUACAAUUGCACAGCAUGCUAAGGGAAGUAAAUCACCAGAUUUGCUGAUGUAUCAGGGGCCACCAGAUACUGCCGAAAUCAUUAAAUCCUUACCUCAGAAAUACAGACGGAAACCUGUACCUCAAGAAGAAAUGGAAUUUAUCCAACGUGGAGGUCCCGAGUAACUGCUGUGGCUGCUGCUUGUCAUCAUACAAAAGGAUUGUCUUUAUAAUAAAGGACUCCCAAAAUGACAAAUGAAAAAUUGUAUAUUAAAUAACUUUAAUAAAUAUUCUGUAAAAAAUAAUGAAAUAUAGAAAAUUCAGACGAACACCUGCAUCUCCUAAUUUAUGUAUCUUGGUCCACUUCUCUACGAGCUUACCUAAUUGUUUAUAUACUUUAUACUUAUUAAAGCAUACAUUUUUAAAUGUUAGCCUAUUAAUUUACUCUUGAUUAUCAAGUAUUACCAGUAUUGAAUUACUACAGGCACACAACGUCUAGUAAACAAACGAUCAUAGAUCUCCCAUAAUUUUACUCUUCUUUUCUGUUUAGACAGAACAAGAAUUUAUCAGGUGGAAUGACUGCUGUAGAAGUGCUUUCCUGAAAUUAGAUGAAGAAUAGUGAAAUAAUGGCUCCAUUAUUUGUUCUAAAUUUGCUAACAUUUUUUCAGUCAUAAGGUUACUAGCGUAUAACUGGCUUAAUAAGUAUAUCCUACUCCAAAUGAUAAAAAUACACCCAAGAUAAAAACAGAUGUCCAUGGUAUUAGAAUGGGUAAAUAAGACAAAAGAUUAUUUGUAACCUAUAUUCAGAAAAAAUUUCAGAGUAUGAAAUAAGGAUAUGAAUAUAGGAAUAAUUUUCACUACAGAUUGUAGUUUAUUAUAUUCUGGGAGAUAAGGUCAUUGUUUCGUUUACCACUUUGAUUGUGAUCAUGUGUGCAAAUCCUGGUAAUCAUUAACUUCCUCAAAUUUAUGUCUUAAAACCUCAUAAAUUCACCUUAAAUAAUUUAUUAAGGCAAUUUAUCAAACUUUAACAGGAUCAUCCUAUACCAAGGGUAUGUAUAUUAUGAAAAUAAAACCUCACAAAGCUAAAUAAAUUCUCUUCCAUACCUUAA